AUGUCAGCAACAAAUAUGGGGAAUAAAGGCUUUGUUGCGGUAGUAUGCUUUAUAUUUGGGGUGAUAUUAAAGUGUGUGUGGACAUAUCGAACAGGCGCACCAACGCGGGCUUGUGGAGACAUGACCCCACAACAUGGAAGUCCUAUUAAUACAGAUCCUGCCCCCUUUCUGGUAGAAGUUUCGAAGACACAAUAUGCUCCAAAUGAAAGAAUUUAUGUACGAAUACGUGGGUGUGGAUUAGCCAGAUUUAAGGGGUUUAUGAUCCAACCACGAUCCGCAGUCUAUCCCAACAGACCGGCAUUCCUUGGAGCAUUUCUUCGGGUUCGCGGAACACGUUAUGAAUGUGUGAGAUCAGGGGCUGUUCUGACCCACAGCAGUCCGGAAGAGAAAGAUUCUGUCACGUUGACUUGGAUCGCACCACCUGGUCCAGCCGGUCAUGUGGUCUUCAGAGUUACCUUUGUCCAGUCAUACACGAACUACUGGGUGGGAAUAAAUUCUCCUGUAAUAUACGAUGGCGUAUCACGAGAUCUAUCUAUAAUGCAAGCAUUCAGUCUGCAAUCCGCAACAGACCAGGCUUGCCUGCCCACACGUCGCUCUACUACCACAACAUCUACAACUACUACCAGAAGAACUACUAUAGCUACUACAACAACUUCCGCCCCUACAACAUAUAUGCCAACGUUUAAUACUGAAUUUUAUUUCACCACAACAAAUGAACCUACUACAACUACAACAAAGCGACCUACUACCACCACCCGCCCAACAACCACAAGAAAAACAACAACCACGAGCACAACAACUUUACCUCCACCUCCUCCAACAACACAACUGAGAAGGACGACCACAACAACACAGCCAACAAGAAAUCCAGCACCAACAACAACUGAAGCUUACUACUAUGAUUAUUACUGGGAGACCUCAACAAAAAAUCAGCAAGAAGCAACAACAAAGAUAUCUACAACAACCACAUCUACUGCUGCACCUAUAACAACAACCACAACCACUACUAGAGCUCCCACAACUACGAUGAAAUUCUACGAACCAACUACAACCACUGCCUUACCAACAACGACUACAAAAGCCACAACAACUGUACAAACAACGACUACACCUUUACCGACAACAACAAGAAAAUUCACGACCACAACCCUACCAGUGACGACAACACUGUUCCCGACAGAUGUAACAGAAAUUUGGACCACUUCGGCUGUCCCGGAAACAACUAGAUCUACAUCAAAAUAUAUACCAACUACUAAUCCAACAACUGUGAUAUUGCCUACAACGGGAAGACAAAUAGGCGUCACAAACAAGCAGAUUCCUGUUACUGACAAAGCAAUACCUACCACAAAAAGACAACUACCCGUCACAGUAAGACAACUUUCUGUCACUGACAGUCCAAUGCCUACCACAAGAAGACAACUACCCGUCACAGUUAGACAACCUUCUAUCACUGACAGUCAAGUACCUACUACAAAAAGGCAAAUACCCGUCACAAACAGACAAAAUCCUGUAACAAAUUGGCAAAUAUCUACAACAAGAAGGCAAAUUCCUGUCACAAACAAGCAAGUUCUUGUCACUAACAGACAAAUAACUGUCACAGAGAGGCAGAUUCCUACCACGAACAGGGACUUUCCUAACUUGCUGGCUUCGACUUCUAGUGUAAAAACGCCUUUUAUAGAUUCUGUGACAAAUUUGUACCAGCCUACACCAAGAUCGACAUCAACCACAAUUUCUCCCAAUACAAAAACGGAAAUUUAUAUGCCUGCAACUACAUACUAUUAUGAUUAUGAUAUGGGUAAAAGCGGCAACGAAAACAUACAAUCUAAUCAGCAGCAAUACAUACCGACUGACGGGUCUUACCUGCCUUCAGAUCAGAAGUACAUACCGACGGAGAGGACGUAUGUGCCGACCGAAAAGAUCGGGAAUAGUUCCAUAUAUGAGCAAACCACAUAUAAACAGUAUGUCCCUACCACUCGUUUACAGAAAUACAUCCCAACAACAAAUCUGCCAUGGACAACAAAGCGCCCACUGUACCCGCCAACAACUAGAUACAAUCCGACCUCUAAACAGGAUACAUAUCUCACUUUCCCUCCACAAACAUAUACUCCAGAACAACCAGGAAAGCUUACCACGGAAUAUGUUUCCACUAGCACAGCAGCAAGUGUGCCAAGGACAAGAAUUUCAACAAGAAAGGCAAUCAUUCCUACAAAUACCCCGGCUGAGAUAAAAAUGCUUCCAGAUCAUGAAUGUGGAAUAACACGUGGAUGUUUUGACGACUGUAGAAACGGUGCUUGUAAUUUCAUUGUGUCAUGGAAACCAGAGAAAAACCUGACCAAAUUUGAAAUCCGAACCAAGCCGAUGCUGAGCGGACAAUACUGGGCUGCAAUUGGAUUUAGUAAUGAUAAGAUGAUGGGAUUUGAUAGUGUGACUGAGUGUAUAACGGAAAGAGAGAAGAUACAAGUGUACCAAUCGUAUAACUUAGACUAUUACAGGAACAUGAGAUUACUUACGCCCAAACUGGGUAUAACAGAGGAGUUUGGAUCUUCCAAUAACGGAAUAUUCAGCUGCAGUUUUACGAGACAAAAUUUUGUGAACGGAGAGAAAGAUGUAUUUGAUCUCAACAAAGACUGGCACAUGAUGUUUGCUGUAGGACCAGCAGUAAAUGGGGUAAAGAUACCACAUCGUUAUGACAUUGUACCACCUGUGACGAAAGACAGAAUGGAUCUCCAGAGGUAUCCGCCUAUGCACGAGACAUAUGAUUAUAGAUCAGCAAGGAAAGAAAAUAUUAAAAUUAUAGAGACAAAAGAACCGGCUGUGGUCCCAAUUCUGCAAAGACGUAUAGCAAUGGAUCAAGACUGCGGAUCAAAGAAAUCCUGUUUCCAGGACUGUAAUGACGACGGCUGCAAAUUCAUUGUAUCUUGGGAAGCAGCAUUAGACUAUGUGAUAUUCAAUGUGAGAGCUGUCCUAAAUGAAUCUCUGAACCAGUGGAUUGCUAUAGCUUUCUCCGCAGACGACAAAAUGGGAGAAGAUAGUGUAAUACAAUGUGUAUCUAAUGACGAAGGAGUUAUUGACAUCAAACACUCUUACAAUGAUGACAAGAACAAUAUCAGGGUUGAACAGGCUAAACUUGGAUUGAGGAAUACAACGGCACGCUUUGUGGACGGUAUUUUUGAAUGCUCUUUCGUUAGAGACCGGCAUGUUGAUGAUGAAAGAAUCUUUGAUUUGGACAGAGACUGGAAUAUACAUUUCGCUCAUGGAAAAUCUAAGAAAGGUAUAAUGCUUCCUCACACACUAGCAGAGAAACCACAUAUAUCAGAUGACGCCGUUGACUUCUCUCGUAGUUCGCUAAGACCGAACCUAAUUACAGCCAGUUCGUUCUUUAUAAAGAUACAUGCUGCCUUAAUGAUAUUUGCAUGGAUACUGUGUGCAUCUGUUGCCAGCGUGAUUGGGCGCUAUUUCCAGCCAUACUGGUGGGGCGAGAAGAUGUUCGGCAGCAAGACAUGGGUAAAGGUGCACUGGUUGUUUGUUUUGAUCACAUGUGCAGCCGUUAUUGCAGGAUUUGCUGUCGUUUUCGUAGGCGUUGACGGUAUCAGCAAAUUUUUCGAGCAUCCAACCUACACCUUCAACGGUACGCAUCCGAUCAUGGGAUUAGUAGUUACACUGCUGGCCCUACUAAAUCCUCUAUUGUUAUGUCUGCGACCAUCCGAAGAUUCAUCAAGCAGAGCAUUUUUCAACUGUUUAUACUGGCUGGUCGAAAUAGGAGCACAUGUUCUUGCAGUUGUGACAAUAUAUGCUGGUUUCGGGCUUGCUAGUUUUCUCGUGCCAUCCUUCUUCACUUUCCUUAUUAUUGGCUUCACCGUCUACCAAAUCCUUGUUCUUCUCUUUAUGGAAGCACUCAAAAGUUACGAUGCUAAGAAGACGAUAGAUCGAAAGAAGACAUACUUGUACGAAAUGCAAAUCCGUCCAUGGAAUGCAAGAAAAAACAACAGUCUAGCAGCAUACAUGGACCUCAAUCACACAAGUAAGGGCUUGAAGCAGACGGUCCUUGCAGCUCACCUGAUAUUGUUGUCAGCUCUCACAACAACAAUGAUUGUUCUCAUCAUUAUCAACGACAAGUACUCGUAAAUACAUGUCAACCAUGAAGGGUGAAUUACUUUAUUUUGCAACCAACUGUCUUAUCACCAAGGAGAACUGUCAAACUGCACAGUUCCUCGUGUUGCGUUUAUGUCUGUUAUAUUUUUGUAAUUUAUAAAAACACAAUAUACUUACAUUUGAUCAGCUGUGUGGUCAGCGAUUCGUAUAAACGAUAACUUACAUACUACAGUACUAGAUUAUUCAAAGGCAAAAACAUAUAAUACAACUGUUUUCUUUACUGUCUUUAGUAAGUGCAAUUAAUUUACAUUAAUCAUGUUAAACAAUUUCACUGAUUAUACGUUUAUAUGAUUGAAAAGGAUCUUUAUUCACUUAAAAUGCCACUGGCUGUGUUAAAAGUAACGGAAUGGCGUAGAAGUAGUGGUACUGGAAAAAAACCUAAAAGUGUUGUAUGAUAUUUAAUGUUUAUAAAAGAAGAUACAAACAUAUUACAUUGAAUUGUGUAUGUUUCGUUCAAAACUUUGAUAAUUUUGUGUUAAUUAAUGUUUAUAUUCUCCAUUGUAAAUGUGACAAUCCCUGAUGCUAGCUU